AUGCAUCGUUCCCUUCUGAAGCGACAGAAACGAAAGACCAAGGUGGCAAAUCCAGAUCCAAUGCUGGAAUACCCUCCGGUCUUACAACACAGAGAUCCAUGGCAUUCUCCAGACCAUCUGGACCCACCCUCACAGGAAGAGCCCAAGAUCCGCACUCGAGGCUUUUCGACCUUGCCAUACCCGUCUAGUGUGUUCAAGCGCGAAGAUAUUGAAGUCUUCGAUGGUCGCUGGGUGUAUGUUGCUUGUCACCAGUCCAGUGGAAAGUGCCCACACUGCAUGAACCACGUGUUCCACAUUGGGUGCCUGGUCAUCUCUGUCAGCGGUGUUCUUUCGACUGAAAUUCCGCCAUCUGACAAGCCACCUCGCUCCUCCAUUGGUGUCUUCUUCGGUCGCGGUAACAACAAGAAUCUUGCUGUGAAACUCGACGGCGACAAGCACACCGCGCAGACCGCCGAGUUGAAGGCUUGUCUAGAGGCGCUCACCCGGAUCUUCGUCAUGCACACCAAGUGGCAGAUCGAGCCGCCGACCAAGCACGAGCCCUGCUACCCGCUGCACACAGUGGUCAUCAAAUCCGAGUCAGAGUACUUGGUCAAGGGUGCAACGGAGUGGCUAUCCAAGUGGAAGGAGAAUGGGUGGAAGAAGAGCAAUGGCCAGCCCGUUGCCAACGUGGAGCUCUGGCGGGUCAUUGAUGCCGUACUCAAGCAGCUUGAGUACGAUAUCAAUGUCAAUUUCUGGCAUGUGCCACGCGAGUUGAACCUGAUUGCUUCCACGAUGGCCAAGGGCGUCAUUGACGAGUUCUGA